ACGAUUUUUGCAAAAAAUCUAUAUUUUUUAUUGAAGAAAUUGUUAUUUUAUCGAAUAUUUUUUAAAGUCUAAAUGAAUUAGCCUGAUUUUGUGGACCAUCAUGAAUCGCCAAUUGGUGGAAAACAUUUUGGGCGUUAUAAAGACAUCAACCGACAAGGCAGUCAUUGUUAAGGGCCUUACGAAAUUGCGAACAGAUGUUGUAAAAGAUAAAAAUGGUAUUAUAUUGUUUCGGGAGGCAGGAGGUGUACCUCCCAUGGUUAGAUUCCUUAGCAAACCCCAUGAAAAGAUAUUGGAAGUGGCCUUGUCUAUAAUGGGUAAUUGUUGCACGGAUGAACAAAGUUGCAGAGAGGCAUUGGAAAAUAAAAUUGCUAUACCAUUGGCUACGAUUUUGAAAUCCAUACCCAAUCCGGUGAUACAAUGUAGGGCAUGUCGCCUUUUGGGUAAUUUAGCCAAAGUGGAUACCAAUCAAUUACUGUCUACGCAUUGUCCUGCAAUUGCCCAAGCUUUGUGUCGCAUCAUUGAGGACACCUCGGAUGUACAAACGCGUAUGAUGGCUUUUCGUUCAUGUCGCUUCCUUUUGGCAAAUCCUCAAUUUCUAAAACAUUUCCUUCAAUCAUCCGGAUUCACUAUCCUCUUGCGCAUACUGACAGCGAUUAUGAAAAAUGAAUCGAACACAGAAUCAGAGGAAAAACUACUUUGCGAUGCUCAGGCUCCACUGAAGGUGGGCCUUAAACGCAAUCAACAUCGUGAAAAAUAUUUCGAAGAAGUGGCUCGCAAUUUGGAAGGUGUUCGCAGCGACAUUUUUGAUCAUGAGGUGUUGAAAAAUUCCACACGCAAUUCAAAUGCCUACAUUAUACCUCAGGAACAGGCAGCACUCGAUUUGGUUUGUGAAAUUUUGAAAUGUCUUUUGGUAAUAUCGGAACUGCAAAUCAAUUCAUUGGUUUGGGAAUCAUUAAAUCGCGCUCAUUGCACCCUUGCGCCCAUUGUUCAUUUUAUUACCGAUGAAAAGAAAAGUAAACAUCGUAGUGCCGCCCUUAAGAUACUCUCAAAUUUGUCCAAGAAUCAAGGAGCAUUUUAUAUUUUAAGUUCGGCCGAUGCUAUUUUGGCAGCCUGUGAAGUACUGGUGGCCGAUGAAGAUCUCAGUGAAAGUGAACGUAGACACUGUAUUCACAUAAUAAGUAUUUUAUCCACCGAUGCCUGUAAUCGUUCCAAGAUUAGGCGUUCAGGGGCUCUUAGAAAAUUUAUUGUAAUGAUUAAGGAUACGGUGUCACCGGCAGAAAAGGCUUCUAUUUUAAAUGUCCUAAUUAACUUCCAAUAUGAUAAUAUGAGCAUGGAUUUAAUGUUACGCGAAGGUUUGGUCUUGGUUCUUGUCAAAGAGCUUAAUAUGUAUAUGGUCAGCGAUGAAGAUUAUUACAAAAAGAAACGUGAAGAAAAAUUACAAUCGGAAAGCAAGAAGAGAAAACUACCAGAACUUAUAAAGGAAUCAAAAUGCAAGUUUGCCAAAGUACGAGAAGAAAAUUAUUUGGAUAGUGAUUCUCCGAGUAGUUCACCUAGAUCGUACAAUAUGCCAUCAAGUCCUUGUAGUUCGCGCAGCAUGUCACCCGUGGGUGGUGGUCAUAUGUAUCAGCCAAAUAAUGCUGAUUCCGAUGAAGAAUCCUAUUCACCUGUCUGCAGUGAUGAAGAAGACGACGAGGAAGAAACUGAAGCAAGAGAUAUUUCCAGCCAUCUCUAUAAUAACCCCAAUGCAAAUAGUAAUGAUCACACCAUUAUUAUGAAUCUAUUAGAUUUGGCAGCUCGUUCCGAAGAAGACAGUAUUUUAAUCGAGGAUGAAGAGGAAGUAAGCCAAGAUGUACCUGCCAUUAAAUUGCCUCAAUUGGGUCACUUACCCCACAACACCAUUGAUGUGAUUGAUAAUUUACUAUUCCGGGUAACUUGUUUGGUAAAGAAAAGCCUUGAUCUGGGCAAACCUGAAACCAUGAAUACUCUUAUAAAGGCCAUAAAUAUGUUUGGUCUCAAUACUGAUUUUGCAGGAACGCUGACGAAUAUAUUAUUGGAAAGUCAAUUUUUCGGAAAUGUCAUAAAACAGGGAAUAUCUCAUCAGUUAUAUCAAUUGACGAAAGUAAAGGAGACCAGCAAAGAUGGAUUUGGCUUCUUGGAAACAUUAACCUCGGUCAGCGAGUGUAAUUAUGGUAAAGAGGAAUUGGCACGUCUCUUGCGCAGUGAUGAUGUAUUAUCACAAAAACGGGCUGCCAUUACCGUGGGCUAUUUAAUACGCAGCAAACCAUUACUAUAUCAAUUCCUUAACGAUGGCAAUGCCCUAACAUUGCUAUUGGGUAUUAUAUUAAGCUCUAAGGAAGAUGAAUUUACUGCCGAGGCAGUGGAUGCCCUUACAUGCAUGUCACGCUACACCUUGGGUAUUCAUGUGCCACAAUUGGAUAUGGAAAAACGUUUAGAUGAAUAUGAGGAGUUUGUGGAGAAUGCCGGACAAUCUCUGCAGGAAGAGGACUGUGAUAUGCGUUUUGUAGUACAUGCCCCCAACAACAACCACAACACCAGUAAGGAACCAGACAAUGCCCCCAACAACAUUACAGAUGACAAUGACACAGAAAAAAUCACUGCCGUUGCUUUUAGUAAGGCCAUGUUGUGUUCGAUCAGUGAAGUUUUCAAUACCAUGUUGAACAGUGAUUUCCGCGAAGGCAAAGAGGGUGAAAUCCAUUUACGCAACUAUUCAGUAAGCGGUCUACGUUACUUCCUCAAUCUAAUUGUAAGGCAAUCGCGCAAACAAAAAUACAAUAUACCACCAGCCAAUCAAUAUUAUGCCCUCUUGGAGGCAUUUGAAAUGUCACGCAUCUAUAUUAUACCCGAAAUGGAACAAUUUGUAUUGGAGCUGCUGAUUGCACUGCUCGACGAAACCAAUUGUUUAAAUGUCCUGGAAUGGUCAAUGAAAAACUAUCACGUCGAAUUAACUGAAAUGGCUAUUAAUUAUUAUUUGUGUUCAACAUUAAGUACUGAAGCUAAGGUUAAUCUUUUUAGAACUGCUGAUUAUUCGACAUACUCGACAGAAUGGUUUCAAAUGAUUAUGGAAGCUAUUUUGGCUAGAUGUCGUAAUGGUUUUUAAUAUCUAAUA